CUACUCAUCCUCCUGCCGAAAGACAGGGCGACCAAAAGCGACUAUGGCUUCCAUGAGGACUGGCUCGAGAAGGCGAUAGAUAACAGGAAGCGUUACGCCGAUUUUCAUGGAUACAGCUUCAUGUGGGCGAAUCUCGAGACCUACCCCGAGUUCAAAAUCCAUCCACAGUGGUCCAAGAUUGCCGGCCUCAACGAUGCCUUCAACAAGCACCCGGAAGUCGAGUGGAUCUGGUGUCUCGAUUCGGACGCCAUCAUCAUGAACGCAACGAUCGGGCUAUGGGACUACCUCCUCUCGCCGGAGGCGCUGAUGAGGGAAGUGAAAUCGGAGGGUCCAAUUUGGUUCGGUGGAAAGAAACAGCUCCCGCAGCAUGAGCUGGAACUCAAGACACCCACGAUCGUCGACCCGAACAACAUCUACCUCAUCAUAUCGAACGACAGCAACGGACUCAAUACCGGAAGCUUCUUUGUCCGUCGAAACGCCUUCAUGUCUGCGUUCGUCGACCUCUGGCGCGACCCCUAUCUCAUCAAGAACAAGUUCACUUUCAACGAGCAAGACGGCCUCGCGCACCUAAUCCUGACGCACCCACACGUGCGCAAGCACGUCGGCAUCGUGGAGCAGAGCAAGAUCAACAUCUACCCGGGCCACUUUCAGCAACACGACUUUCUGGUGCACUUUGCUGGAUGU